GCCGCUGGGAGUGGGCACGUGCUGGACCCUAUAUGUUCAGCAGACAAUACCGUAGUGAAACUUCAGUGCGGGAGACUCCGUUAGGAGCUGUAGCAUUGUGCGUGGCCUUCAAGCUUUCUCGCUGCCGUUUCUGCCAGCCUCGAGAGCUUACCCAAGUCAUUCGCCUCUUAUCUCUCGCUGCACUCCGUCCUCUCCACCGUAACUUCGUCGUCGUUUCUCCCGUCGCCGUAUUCCGCUGACUGCUCCUCGGCCCAUUAUCUACCGUCUCGCUGCGCCUAUCCUCCACCGUGCAUCCUUGAUAUUGCCGUCACCUCACGCCCGCAUGGGGCCUGACGACACUGUGCGCGACACUGCGACAAAGUCGCAAUUCCUUCCACCCGUCGUACGACCCGUUCCGCCCGCCAUCGCAAAAUGCCUGGAUCGCGUGCGACAGUCUCUGCAAGUGACGUUCAAGGAAUUCGUCGCAGACGGCCGCCAAAGCAAGAACGGCGACUCAAGCGACUCAGCCGGCGACAGCUCUGGAUUGGUUCAGAUCCGCUGCCGCGACGCGCAGCGCGAUCAGAUCGUCGCAUUCUGUCGUGAGCAUGCGACUAAAGGCCGCGCGGGCAGCCUAUACGUUUGCGGCUGCCCAGGAACAGGAAAGACCCUGAUGCUGUCGCAAGUGGCGAAAGAGGUGUCCACGUGGACGAAUGCCGCCGGCCAGCCCCUGUGUGCGCCGGUGUACGUCAAUUGCAUGGCCCUCACCGACCCCGCCGACCUCUUCCCGCAGCUGGAGCGGGCCAUAGCGGCAGCACAGGCUGCGCACCCUAGCUCCCCCCCAACCCACCGCGGGCGGCAGGGCGGGCAGGGCAGAGGGGGCAAAGGGGGAGCGCGGACGAGCGGGCAGGGGGAGGGGGCGAGAGAGGCGGUGCAGGCGCUGCUGCAGCAGGAGGAGGGGGUUGAUUCUGGGGCUGCUGAGGGCGCGGGUGGGCGGGAUGGUCCCGAGGGGAUGAGGUCCCCGGGGUCAGAUGCGGAUGUGGUGGAAGUGACGCCAGCGGACGCAGGGAAUCAUGGGCAGGGAGGGGGGAGAGGCAAGGGUGGUGGUGAUACGCAGUGUAGUCAUGGGGGCAGCUGCACGGGAGAUGCGAGCAGUGGUGGUGGCAAGGGCGGGAGGAAGGCAAUGAUUCUGGUGGUGGCGGACGAGGUGGAUCAGCUGGUGAGGGGCAGGGACUGCAGCGCGCUCACGCACCUCUUCCAGCUGCCCUUCUCACACGCCCUCUCGCGCUGCAUCCUCGUUGGAAUAUCAAACUCCAUCCACCUCAUCGACUCCGUGCUGCCACACCUCUCUCAACUCAACUCCAGGGGUGUCUCAGCACGCCCAACGCUGCUGCCAUUCCCAGCAUACGACCGCAAUCAAAUCUACGAGAUUCUUUCCCAAAGGCUCCAGGCCGCGGCUGGCGUGCAGGCGGAGGGAGCAGCAGCGCCCAGGGCAGCAGCAGGGGAGGGAGGCGGCAGGGAGAGUGCGUCAGUGGCGUUCUCAUUUGAGCCCAUGGCGCUGCACCUCUGUGCGCGGAAAGUGGCAGCAGCAUCGGGGGACAUGCGGAAGGCUCUUGACAUCACAAGAAUGGCAGUCGAUGUUCUCGAGGACGAGCUCAGGGCAGAGCAGAGGGAGGUGGAUGUGAUGGAGGCCGCAUCUGGAGCAGGCCCACCUGAUGCACUUCCCACUGUGGCGGCAGCAGGCGGCAGGAGCAACAAGCGGGUGGCAGGGGGAGAAGCAGACGGGCAAGCAGAGAGCAAGAGGCAGAGAGACGGAGUGCAACAGCCGAGGCAGGACGCGCAAGAGAGAGCCACCCUGAUUUCUGGCACCCAGGCCAAGGGGCUCGCUGGCGGUGGUAGUGCUGGUGGCGCUCAGGCGACUGGCUGCACCAAUGGUGGUGGUGGCAGCGGUGCAGCAUGUGCUCUGGGCGCUGAAGCAGCCUGCCCCAGUUGGAGCCUGCCCAUCAAGCUGGACGUGCACCACAUGGCCCAGGCGCUCUCCCGCUCCUUCGCUUCCUCUACGGUCGACUCCAUCCGCUCACUGCCCCUGCACCAGCAGAUGGUGCUGGUGGCGUGUGUGCAGCAGCACCAGCAGCAGAGGGCGCGGCACAGGUUUAUGAGCAAGGGGAAGCCUGCAUCCACCACCAAGGACUUUCUCCUCUCCCAGCUGUACAGUACCUACACGGCCUUGGCGCGCUCGCUGCACGUGCCAGCUGUCACACUCAACGAGGCCACCGAUAUGUGCGGCAUACUGCAAGGGCAGGCCCUUUUGCAAUUCGUGGGUGCUGGCAAGAAUGCUGCACGCCCCCAGGCCAAGUGCAAAGUGAUGCUCAAAGCGAGUGCUAGCGAUGUGAUAUUUGCCCUCCAGGGGGUGCGUCUAUUUAAGCAAGUCCUCACCGAUAUUGCAGCAGAUGUUGAGGUUUGAUUUAUGGCGAUGUGUUGCUUGAACCCAACCUGUUCAUGUGGUAGCGAAGUGAUGUAGUAUUUCAUUAUUUCAC